UAGUUAAAGCACUCGAAUGAGAGAGAAGCAAAGGCUAAAACAGAGAAGAAGCAAAGCCACAGAAGAGCUUAGAACGCAAGGCUGCUAAGGCAGAAGCUCCAGAGGAAAAGGCUCAAGUACAGAGGUUGUAGAAGCUUCAGACGCAAAGACAACGAGAAUCUCUAGAAGCUCCAGACGCAAGAUAAAGAGAAGCUGUAGAAGCUCCAGACGCGAAGGCAAGGAGAAGCUCUAGAAGCUCCAGACGCAAAGGCAAGGAGAAGCUCUAGAAGCUCCAGAAGCAAAGACAACAAGAAGCUCUAGAAGCUCCAGACGCAAAGACAAGAGGCUCUAGAAGCUCCAGACGCAAAGACAAGAGGCUCUAGAAGCUCCAGAAGCAAAGACAAAAAGAAGCUCUUGAAUCGCCAGAAGCAAAGGCAACAAGUGGCUCUAGAAGCUCCAGACGCAAAGACAACGAGAGGCUCUAGAAGCUCCAGACGCAAAGGCAAAAAGAGGCUCUAGAAGCUCCAGAAGCAAAGACAACAAGAAGCUCUUGAAUCGCCAGAAGCAAAGUCAACAAGAGGCUCUUGAAGCUUCAGACGCAAAGACAACGAGAAGCUCAAAAAGAUCCACAGACACAAAGAUGAGCCAGUCCGCUAUCGAGAGCCUCUUCGGAGAUGACUCUUUCUUUGAGCCCACAUUCCUGCUCUGGCCCAGACGCAACAUGGUACAGACAAGCUUCAGAGAGCACUUCCUUCAGCGCAGGGCUCAGCUGAUGGAGCGCUUUCAGGCCGAUAUCCAAGGCAGCCUCUUCGGAGAACUGACCGACGGGCUCCCCAGAGAUCUGUUCGAGACCUUGGACAGCCUCUGUUCACCCUCAGCAUCCAGAAUCAGUGCCAACCAAGCCCAGGACAAAACCUUAGCCUGGACUCUGGACACUCAAGGCUUCUCCCCAGAAGAAAUCUCAGUAACCGUGUCCGGGCGAAGACUGGAAGUGAUGGCGGCAAAGACAAACUUACAACCUGCUGCCUCUGCAGACGCAGACUCCAAACCAACCGGAUUCGUCCAGAGCGUGGCUCUGCCUGAUCACAUCGACCCCACCAUGCUGACCUGCACUCAGAGUCAAGACGGCCUCCUGCGCAUCGACUCCGAAACCAAGCAAGAUCCUCCAGAGGAGCGAGUCGUUCCCAUCCGCUUCAGAACCUCCCUCGACUUCCCUCUCACCAAAGAAGACACAAGCAGCACAGAGGUCUCCUCUAAAACGACCACCUAGAACCUGCACGGACAAUCCGCCCCACAUUGCACUGCUGAUUUUUUUGAUCCAAAAAGUUUUAUGUUUUGAAAAUUAUUUUAUUAAUAAAAUUGACAUGGCUUCUUUA